UCGAGAUGGCAUUGUCAGUUUCCGCCAUCGGGUUUGAGGGUUACGAAAAGAGGCUCGAGCUCACAUUCUAUGAGCCUGGAAUUUUUGCUGAUCCUGAAGGGAUGGGUCUCCGCUCAUUGUCCAAAUCCCAGUUGGAUGAGUUUCUGAAAUUAGCUGAGUGCACCAUCGUUUCUUCGCUGUCAAAUGAUUUCGUUGACUCUUACGUCCUUUCAGAGUCUAGCCUCUUUGUGUACCCUUACAAACUCAUCAUCAAGACUUGCGGGACUACAAAGUUACUUCUUUCCAUUCCAGCCAUCCUCAGAUUGGCUGAUUCCCUGUCCCUUUCUGUCAAGUCUGUGAGGUACACUCGUGGAGCUUUUAUUCCCGGUGCCCAGCAUUUCCCGCAUCGGAACUUCUCAGAGGAAGUAGCUGUCCUCGAUACCUACUUUGGUAAUCUUGGCGCUGGCAGCAAUGCGUAUCUGAUGGGCAGUACGGAAAAGGCUCAGAAAUGGCAUGUUUAUUCUGCUUCUGCUGAGAAGACGAGCCUCUCAGAUUCGGUUUUCACUCUCGAGAUGUGCAUGACUGGUCUUGGCAAGCAAAGGGCAUCUGUCUUCUUCAAAGAGAACUCGCCCUCAGCUGCAGCUAUGACAGAGGAGUCUGGCAUUCGGAAGAUUCUUCCAAAGUCUGAUAUCUGCGAUUUUGAUUUUGAUCCCUGUGGCUACUCCAUGAAUGCUAUUGAAGGGAGUGGAAUCUCAACAAUCCAUGUCACUCCAGAAGAUGGUUUCAGUUAUGCCAGUUUCGAGGCUGUUGGCUAUGAUUUUAAGGCUGCGGAUCUGUCCCAGCUAAUCCAGAGGGUGUUGGUCUGCUUCGAGCCAACCGAGUUCUCUGUGGCUCUCCAUUCCGAUUUAGCUGGCGAGGAUCUGGUGUCGAGGUUCCUCGACCUGAAGGGGUACAGUGCUGGAGAAACGAGUUGCGAGGCGCUUGGAAAAGGUGGUUCUAUCAUGUAUAUGAGCUUCGCUGGAACAGGAAGCUGUGGAUCCCCAAGGUCCAUCCUGAAGUGCUGUUGGAGCGAGGACGAGAAAGAUGAGGAAGUCGAAGAGAAAUAGUGGUCAAUUAAUAAGUAGUAUGAAUAAGUAGAGCUUGUGGCCGUGUUGUCUUGGGAGCACAACAUUGAGCUCGAGUCUGUCAUUGUCGUUUUAUUUCUUGCUUCGUUUGUCAUUGGGCGUCGUAGUUGCUCUUCUUGUUGAGUCUCGCGGUCUGAGUCUGAGACAGUGUCAUGGUGCGGAUGUGUUGCAGAUUAAUGAAGGAUCAUUCUGUGUUUUCGUCGA